UGUCACAUGCUAUUCAAGAAAGUUAGCAUGCAGUAGUUUGUUAUUUUGCAGCCUGUCAGAGACACAUGUGGGUCAUUGACUGCAACAAUAACAUUUAGGAUGACAUGUUGAUUACAUUUGUCAAAAAACCUGACUGAAGCUAAUUAAUAGAGGCCUAAAAAUUAAGUUGCUAUUUGUUCAUCAUGAACCUGAAAGAUGGUCAUAUUAUUGUCUCUAGGCGACUUCCUCAUUUAAAGUCCUCAAUUUAAAUAACCCAAAGUUAUCUGUUAAACUAUGUAAAGCUAUGCAAAACAUCUCGUUCUCCAAAUGAAAGGUUUAGCAAAUUCUUAUUAAACGAAGAAAAGUAAUAUACAGCUGAAUUGGGCGUGAAUUACUGAUGUGAAAUCUCAGGUUACACUGCGGUUUUUUUCUCUUUUUUUCUUCCGUGACUAUCACUUCUCACAAAACGAAAGUUCACAACUCGCUAGCAAGGAUGGACAGGACGCAUUUGCUGAGUGACCAGGAUGAAGCUCACCCUGGUCCAUCGUGUCCUGUUGGAUCUUAUGCAGAUCCAAACACAGUGCCAAACAAUGGGGCGACGGCUCCUCCUGCAGAUUUGAUGCCUGUCGUUCCUGGAUAUGAGAGUUUGGGACCUAAUGUUAUUCCACCGUCAGAUUUUGGAUCGGUGCAACCACAAGCCCCAUCCAGAGCUCCAGAGAGACGCUUUGACAUUCCUGCGAUCACUGAAGAACUCGCUCAGGAGGCCUUCAUAAAAUAUGCCAGCAGCAAAUGCUGUUACAGCUCUAAACCAGCCAAAGAGAUGGUGUUCACAGACAUGCAGUCCCUCAACACAUACCGGUACCGGUUGGAGACUUUUACUGAGUCCAGAACAACAGAAUGGGACAGUGAACCAUACAAUGGUCAGGUGGUGGAUGGUUUCGGAGUGGCUCCUGCUCCGUGGAGCAUCCCGGUGCCCAUUCCUUCCCUCUUCCAAGACUGCAAGAAAGCCGUCCGCGUUCCUCACACGUCCACUGUCAAAGGUUGUCAUUCAUGCCUGAAUCUCGGUAGAUCUGCUUGCAGUAGAUGUAUAAAUUCAGGCAGGACUCGAUGUGGAUCCUGCAGUGGCAUGGGUCGAACUGAAUCCAAUCAACGCUGUAUUAUGUGUCAGGGCUCUGGCAUGAUUAAGUGUCAUUCCUGUGGAGGAGUCGGUUCAAUCACGUGCAAAACAUGCAAAGGGCAAGGAAAGCUCCUCUGCUUCAUCAAACUUAAAAUUACAUGGAAAAACAACAUGCAUGUGGCUGUGAUCGACAAGGGCUCGGGAUUCCCGGUUGAGCUUCUUGAUCAAAUUAAUGGAGAGAAACUUCUUACUGAUAUGGCUCCAAUGGUUUAUCCAGUUGUCAGUUUUCCGGACAGCUCUGUGAACGCUGCGUCUGAAAGUGGCGUGAGGGAGCAUCAGGCUCAGUUCAUCACCACUUGCCGUAUUCUGCAACAGAGGCAGACCAUUGAGCUGCUUCCCAUCACACGAGUGCAUUUCACCUGGAAUGAGAAAACUCACAUUUAUUUUGUAUAUGGAACCGAACACAAAGUCUACACCAAAGAUUAUCCUGUCAAAUGCUGCUGUUGCUCCAUCCUUUAAACAUGCUGUAUAAUAUGGUUAAACACCUUUCAAAUUAUUAAAAAGAAACUGGAAGACAAUUAGAAAAAGAUGGAACAUAGAAUGCCUAGAAUGUACUAGAUAGAACAUAUAGAGCAUCUGUAUUUCACCCCAAAAUCAAAGGGAAAAACAUGUUUUUUAUUUUUUAUUUUUUUUUUAUAAGUACAGAAGCUUGUUUCCACCACGGGAUAAAAUAUUGUUAUUUUUGGGAAUUUGGGCUUUUUUUUUUUUUUUUUUUUUUCACAGUUUUUUCUUUUUAUAUUUUGUGUCUCAGUUUUUUUUUUUUUCUUGCAAUUAUGAAAAAAAAGUCAGAAUUGUGACUUAUUCUUUGUCCUUUGAUUUUCGGUAAAAUAUUAUGUUACAGUAUAUUGUUUCUUUUCUUUUUUCUGUCUUUCUUUCUUUCCUUUUUUAUUAUUAUUAUUAUGUAUACGUAUAUAUAUAUGUUUUUUUUAGUUUUUUUUUUACAAAUUUCACAAUGUAUACUCAUAAAGAACACUUAUUAUGAUAGUUGUUACGCAGAGACAAUUAUGACAGUCUAUCAUGUUACAAAAAAAAAAAUUGUAAUACAUUUCAUACACAUUUUUCGCUUCGUUUUAUGUUACAAUAAUUUGUAUAUGCAUUGUUACACUGUGGCUAAGCCUAUACUGUCCUAAACAAAUAAAUUACCUAGAAAACUCUA